AUGCCCACAAAAAAGAAAAAAACAAGACAGGGAGCAGAGGACGAAACCAAAGAUGUGGAUGACGAGGACUCAGAGAAUCAGAAGCCAAAGCCGAAGAAGAAGAGUACACAGGUAAGUGAGCCAGAGGAUGCGGGAAAGCUAAAGAAGAGGAAGAAGAAGUUUAAAGACAGCGAUGAAGAGGGAUACAAUUCUGACACAUCAGAGCCUGAUGUGAGGAGCACAAAGAAAAAAGGGGGAGAUAAAGCAAAAGUCAAGGAUAAGAAGAAAACCAAAGAGGAGAACAGGAAUGAGGUGAGCAAUGAGUCACAGAGUACAGAUGACGAGCAUUACAGCAAUGACUCAACCAGCAAAAAGCGAGCAGAAAAACUUCCUGAUGUGAUUGAGACCACUGAGAAGGGACAAAAGAAGAAAAAGUCGCCAGUCAAAGACAGCAAGGAGGACAACAUGGGCAAAAAAAACAAGAAGGACUCGGACAUAGAGGAUGAUGAGGAAGAAGACAAAAAGAAAAAGAAAGACAAGAAGUCAAAGAAAGGCUCACUGAGGGAUGACAGUGACGAGGACACCAAGAAGACAAAAGGCAAGAAGAAAAAGGUUGAAAAUUACGUGGAAAUCUAUGAGAAGGAGCUUCGGAACUAUGAGCCAGAAAAAGUGGAGAACUAUGAGGAUGAGUACCACAAAAAGAAAGUGUAUGAGGUGGUGACCAUCACUGGAGACGAGCGAGGGGCCGGCACCGACGCCAAUGUGUUUAUCACGCUGUUCGGCGAAUAUGGCAUCACUCCCAAAGUGCACCUGGCCAGCAAGAGUCGAACAGCAUUUGAGAGAGCCAAAACUGAUGUGUUCAGAAUUAGGACACACAAUAUUGGACCUAUAAAGAAGAUAAGAAUUGAGCAUGACAACACAGGCAUGAACGCCAGCUGGUUCCUGGACAGAGUCGUGGUGACAGACGUCAUCAGGCCGCACCUGAGGUUCUACUUUCCAUGUAACAACUGGCUCAGUAAGGUGGAGGGAGACAACCAGUUUGUCAGAGACCUGCUGGGCAGCAUGGACCCCAUGGACAUGCCCAAAUAUAAUAAGUAUGUGGUGACUGUCUUCACUGCUGAUAUAAAAAGCAGUGGAACAGAUGCAGACGUCUUCAUCAAUAUCUUUGGGGAGUUCGGCGACACAGGAGAGAGGUGCCUUGACAACGACAAAAAUAACUUUGAAAAGGGUGCCGAGGACAAGUUCACCAUUGAAGCUCCAAACUUGGGCAAAGUGAGGAAGAUCACCAUUGGCCACAACAACAAAGGCUCCUCAGCAGGAUGGUUUCUGGACAAGGUGGUUUUGGAUGAUCUGGGGAACAAAAUGGUGUAUGAAUUUCCAGUCGAACGUUGGUUUGCCCUUGAUGAGGAUGAUGGAAAGAUCCAGAGGGACAUUCUGGUGGGAGGGAGCCAGCCCACAGGUAUAGUGUACAAUGUCCAGAUUGUGACAGGGAACAUCCGAGGUGCUGGGACCAACUCCAAAAUCCACAUCGUGAUGCAUGGCUCCAAAGGCCUGAAGAACAGCGGCAAGGUGUUUUUAGAGGGGGGUAAGUUUGAGCGGGGUCUGACAGACAUCUUCAACGUCGAGAUCGCUGCCCUCCUCAGCCCCCUCAGCAGAGUCACCAUCGGACACGACAAUGACGGGGUCAGUGCUGGGUGGUACUGUGAGAAGGUGGUGGUGUAUUGUCCCUUCACAGGAAUAGAGCAGACGUUUCCAUGUAGCAAAUGGCUGGAUGAGAGAGAGGGAGAUUGCCUGAUAGAGAGAGAGAUCUAUGAGAUGGUUUCACUCAGGCAGAAGAGGCAGAAGAAGCAUCCCUGGUCUUUGUGGAUCUGGACAUCUGAUCUGAGUGGUGCGGGGACAGACGCAGACAUCUCUCUCCAGAUCUACGGACAGAAAGGAAAGUCAGACGAGAUCAGGCUGGACAACAAAACAGACAAUUUUGAACAGGGCCAGGUGGACAGGUUUAUUGUUGAACUGCCUGACAUAGGUAAACUAACCAAAUUUCGCAUCUGGCAUGAGAAGAGAAAUCCCUUUGCAGGAUGGCAUCUCAGCAAAGCAACACUGAUGAAGACAUUAACCAAGGAGAAGUAUAAGUUCCCAUGUGAGCGCUGGCUGGACACCAAUGAAGAUGAUAAUGAGGUUGUGAGGGAGCUAACUGCCACUGGAGAUUCAAUUGAUGAGCCACUGCCUUUGAUAAAGUACAGAGUGACUGUGUGCACGGGAAGCAUUAGCGGCAGUGGAACAGAUGCCUCCGUUUUUAUCAAUCUGAUCGGAGACCAGGGGGACUCUGGGUAUCGCGAGCUGGUCAACUGCAAAAACAACAUCAACAAGUUUGAAAAAGCAAAUAUGGAUGAGUUUAUAGUCGAGGCAGUGUUCCUCGGACAGGUUCGCAGGGUGAGGAUUGGACAUGACGGCAGAGGUGGAGGCUGCGGGUGGUUCCUUGAUAAAGUGAUUGUUAGAGAAGAGGGUCAGGCUGAGGCCCAGGCUGUAGAGUUCCCCUGCGGCAGGUGGCUUGACCGUAAUGAGGAUGAUGGACAGAUUGUUAGAGAGUUAGUGCCAUUCUCAGAUGGGCAACGUCUUUACAAUGUUGGCUAUCACAUUGCGAUAAAGACAGGUGACAUCCCCGGGGGCAGCUCAGACUCCAAGGUGUUUGUCAAGCUUUACGGGGAGAAAGGCGACACCAGUAAGAUGAUGCUGGAGGUCUCAGACAACGACUUGGGGAACUACUUUGAGACGGGUCGCAUUGAUGUCUUCACUGUGGAAACCUUUGAUAUUGGACAGAUCAGUCGUCUGAUGAUUGGCCAUACCAACGAGGGCAUGCGUGCAGGCUGGUUCUUGGACAGCGUGCAGAUCAUGGUUCCAGUCCAUGGUAAAAACUACAUGUUCCCCAGCCACCGCUGGCUUUGCAAGGAUGAGGCUGACGGCAAGACAGAGGUGGAGUUAUACCCCAGCGAGAUCUUGGACAUGGAACAACUGAUUAACUAUGAGAUAACAGUGGUAACCGGAGAUGUGACAUUUGCCGGCACCAAUGCCGCAGUGUUCAUCCAGAUCUAUGGGGAAAACGGGAAGACAGAGGUCAUCACACUCGAAAGCAGAUCCAACAACUAUGAGCGGGGCAUCACGGAAAUAUUCAGGCUAGAGGCCAGAGACGUGGGGAAGAUCUUCAAGAUCCGCAUCGGUCAUGAUGGGUCUGGGAUCGGAUCCGGCUGGUUCUUGGAGACAGUGGACGUCAAGCAUCUAAUCAUGGCCGUGGAGAUGCAGGAAGUGGUGCUGACCUACCAUUUCCCCUGCUCCCGCUGGCUGGCCGGGGGGGAGGAGGACGGCGAACUGGUGGUGGAGCUCCUGCCUGAGAAUGCAGACGACCUAGAAGUGAGCACCUAUGAAGUGAGUGUCUUCACUGGUGACAUGCUGGGUGCCGGGACCGAUGCCAAAGUCUACAUUAAUAUUUAUGGAGAAAAUGGGGACACCGGAGAGCGCUACCUGAGGAACUCUGGCAACCUCAACAAAUUUGAGCGAGGACAGGAAGAUGUUUUCAGCCUAACAGCUGUUGAUCUGGGCCCUCUAAAGAAGCUACGUAUCCGUCACGACAACACACAGUCCAAUUCAUCCUGGUACCUGGAUCGUGUGGAGAUAGUGGACACAAAGGAUGAUACAACGUACUAUUUCCCUUGUAACCGCUGGCUGGCAGUGGAUGAAGAUGACGGCCAGGUCGCGAGAGAGCUGGUGCCAGUGGACGAGGCCUUCAUGAGGAAGGACGAUGAUGAGGGAACAGCAGCCACUCUGGGGCUCGAGCAGAAGUCCAUGUCCACCACAUACACUCUCAGAGUGAAAACAGGGGAGAAGAAGUAUGCUGGAACUGAUGCCAAUGUCUUUGCUAUGUUGUUUGGGGAAAACGAUGCCACAGGGAUCAUCAACUUAAAAGCGUGUAAGCGUUAUAAGAAUAAGUUUGAACAGGGAAUGAUCAACGAGUUCAUUGUGGAGGCGGUGGACCUGGGAGACCUGGAAAAGCUGCGGAUUGGCCACGACAGCACAGGAGGUUCACCUGGUUGGUUCUUGGACUGGGUGGAGGUUGACGCCCCCUCACAAGGUCAGAAACUAUGCUUCCCAUGUGGCCGUUGGUUGGAUAAAGGAGAGGACGACGGGGCAAUAGUGAGAGACCUCUAUCCCUCUGAGUUACAGACUGAAUACUACACGCCAUUCGUGCCCUAUGAAAUAAAGAUAUACACCAGUGACGUGUUUGGUGCGGGGACAGAUGCUGAUGUGUUCAUCGUCUUGUAUGGUCGGAAGGCCGUCUGCACACAGCAGAAACACCUGUGUGUCAACAAGAGAGAGAGACGGCUGUUCUUUGAGAGGGGGGCUGAGGACAUGUUCAUUGUAGAGCUAGAGGAUGUUGGUGACACUAUAGAGAAGAUCAGAAUAGGACACGACAACAGGGGGUCCAAUCCAGGCUGGCACCUUGACAGAGUGGAGAUCAGGCGGCAGCUCAGAAAAGGAAAGGGUUCAGAGACGACCAUCUUCCCAUGUGAGUGCUGGCUGGCCAGGUCUGAGGACGAUGGGGAGACGGUGCGAGAGCUGGUGCCUUCCACCAUCAUCACAGAGAAACUCCUCAGGGACGGGACGCUUAAACAGACAGAGAUAGACGUGGAAGAUGCCCUGGAAACUCACACAUACAAGGUGUCUGUGCGGACGGGUGAUAUGUAUGGAGGAGGAACUGAUGCCAAUGUCUUUCUCACCAUCUUCGGAGACCUGGGAGACACAGGGGAGCGCAAACUGAGCAAGUCUGAGACCAACAGCAACAAGUUUGAGAGAGGAGAGGUGGACAAGUUCACCAUUGAGGCUGUGGACCUGGGCCAAGUGUAUAAGAUACGUAUCCGCCAUGACAACUCUAUGAUAGGGGCUGACUGGUACCUGGACCAGGUGGAAGUGCUAGAUCUAGAAACAGAGGAGGUGUACAUGUUCCUGUGUGAGCGCUGGCUGUCAACAAAGAAAGAGGACAAACGCAUAGAGAGGACCUUCUUUGUCAAGGGAUACGAGGGUGAGAGACACAGUGAUCCAAAUCUCAAGAAGAUUGCCCAGGCCAAGAUGGGGCUGGACAGAAAUGCCAACAAGAAGAAAAAGAAGAAGAAGGUGGCAGUUGUGGAGGAGGGUCCAAUCAUCCCUUACCACUUCACUUUGUCCACGGGGACUGAGCGUGAUGCCAGCACCACAGCCAGGGUCUAUGUCAUCAUCCUGGGAACCAAUGACAGCGAGACAGAGCGACUGUGGCUGGACCUGCCCGAGGGGAAGAAGUGCUUUGCAGCCGGCACCAUGGAGAACUUUGUGUGCUAUGGAUCGGAUGUAGGAGAGAUCAAGAGGGUGGAAGUGGUUUAUGAGACCACAGUUGUCACAGGUGACACUCAGUAUGCUGGGACUGACACCAGCAUCUUCCUGACUGUAUAUGGAGCCAAUGGGAGCACAGAGGAGAUGCUGCUGCGCAAGAAUGCAGACAGGUUUGAGAGAGGCCAAGAGGACACAUUCAAUCUGGAGAUAGAUGAUAUUGCUCCUCUGAAGAAGAUCAGACUUCGGAUUGAUGGCACUGGAAGUCGCCCUGACUGGUUUCUAGACAGGAUCCUGAUGCGGAACCUGACUACGGAGGAGGUGUAUUUGUUCACCUAUGAGAACUGGCUGUCAAAGACCAAAGGGCCUAAGAGGACCAAGGUGUGUGAGCUAGCAGCCGUGGUGGACGAGGAGGAGAUGGUGGAGAAAACAACCUACAUCAUCGAAGUCCAGACCAGUGAUGUCGGAGGUGCUGGCACUGAUGCCAACGUGUUCUUGAUGGUGUUCGGGGAGUACGGGGACACCGGGACACUGGCGCUGAAGGAGAGUGCCAACAGGAACAAGUUUGAGCGUAAAAUGAAAGAUGUGUUCAGAUAUCCCGACAUGCUGAGUCUUGGGGAGCUGUCCAAGGUCCGAGUGUGGCAUGACAACAAAGGCCCUGGUGCAGGUUGGCACCUAGAGUACAUUGAUGUGAAGGAUGAGACCAUGGGCGAGACCUUCAGGUUUCCCUGCGACCGCUGGUUGGCUAAGAACAAGGACGACGGGCAGAUCAUGAGAGAGCUGGCUUGUGCCAACAAUGACUCCGUAGACCUCACUGAUAAAACCAAAUAUGAAAUUGCCACAACAACUGCUACCACAGAGGACGCUGACACCACGGAGAAUGCCUGGAUUGUGCUGGAAGGGAAGAAAGCCCGUUCUAAAGAGUUUGUUCUGGAGAAUAAGAAAAAGAAGUUCUUACGCGGUGCCACUGACACGUUUGAGUUUUCGUCCAAGCAUGUGGGUGAGAUCGCUGGCAUCUGUCUGGGCCACAUAACUAAAGAUGGCAAGAAGGUGAAGGGUGAGGCUUUCUGGCAUGUCAUGGAGGUGGUGGUGACAGAAAAAGAGAUGGGAAACAAGUACUUCUUCCACUGCAAUGCACAGAUUCCCCUGUCAGCCAAAAAGGACCAAUUUAAGACAUUUGAGUGCUAUAAGUCGGUCGAGAGCUUCGCAAGCAAAGUUCGCAACCUGGUCCUUGUCAAGUAUGAGAUCAUUGUCAUCACGGGGGACGUCAAGGGAGCAGGCACGGACGCCAACGUUUUCAUCACCCUCUACGGCGUGAACGGCGACUCCGGUAUACGCCAGCUACGGCAGAAGUUCAGAAACCUUUUCGAACGGGGGCGAACGGACCGUUUUGUUCUGGAGAUGCUUGACCUCGGGGAGCUGCUGAGGGUCAAAGUGGAGCACGACAACAGCAGCUCCAGCUCGGGGUGGUACUGCGAGUGUGUGGAGGUGACAAACACAGCCAACUCAGUGACCACCAUCUUCCAGUGUGGGAAGUGGCUGGACGUUAACAAGGCCGACGGGCAGAUUCAGCGAGUGCUCUACCCCAGGUAUUAAGAGAAGCACAAAAGAAAUCGGGUGGAUUCC